AACGCCACUUCUGCAUGAGCGUUGGAGAGGCUGGGAUCUGGCAUGCAUUGAUUGCUAAAGAUGUGAAAAUGGCGGAGUUACAAAUGCUUUUGGAAGAGGAGAUUCCAGCUGGACGUAGUGCUUUAUUAGAUAGUUUUACCAAUUUGGAAAGAGUUGCCGAGUAUUGCGAAAGCAACUAUGUUCAGUCACCAGAUAAGCACAGAGCGUUGGAAGAGACUAAGAACUACACCACCCAGUCUCUGGCCAGCGUAGCCUACCUGAUCAAUACCUUGGCCAACAAUGUCCUGCAGAUGCUUGACAUUCAGGCCUCCCAGCUCCGCCGCAUGGAGUCCUCCAUCAACCACAUCUCACAGACAGUGGACAUCCACAAAGAGAAAGUGGCCAGGCGGGAGAUUGGCAUCCUGACCACCAAUAAGAACACCUCUCGCACACAUAAGAUCAUUGCUCCGGCCAAUCCAGAGAGGCCGGUGCGCUACAUCCGCAAGCCAAUCGACUACAGCCUGCUGGAUGACAUGGGCCACGGAGUCAAGUGGUUGCUAAGGUUUAAGGCCAGUGCUCAGAACAUGAAGGCCGGAGCCACAGGUCUCCCUCGCACCAACCCACCCACACAGAAGCCGCCAAGCCCACCCAUGUCAGGGAAGGGAACCAUUGGGCGCCACUCCCCCUAUAGGACACUCGAGCCGGUGCGUCCUCCCGUUGUCCCUAACGACUACGUCUCGAGCCCGACGCGCCAUGGCAACAUGGCGCCCCCACAGCAGAGCCCUGCACGCACUGCGUCUGUUAAUCAGAGGAACCGCACGUACAGCAGUGGCAGCAGUGGAGGCAGCCACCCCAGCAGCAGCAGCCGCAGCAGCAGCAGAGAGAAUAGCGGCAGCGGCUCCGUGGGCUUGCCUAUCGCCGUGCCAACGCCUGCCCCGCCCCCCACAGCAUUCCCAGGUACUGCCCCUGCCCUUCCCAACCCUGCUAAGCCACCUCCCACUACCACUACUACUCCCGUCCCAUCUGAUGGCCUCCCUGUACUCUCUCUAGCUCCUAAUCCCUCCCCCACCCCCCCACCUGAGGGUCCACCUGUGCCCCCUCCCCCACCCCAGCUCCCCACUUCCGUCACUAGCACCGGCCCUGCUGCUUUCAGCACUCCCGCACAAGGUGCCCCCCAGUUUUUCAGCAUGAACCGGCCGGUGCAACCACAGAACCCUCCUGCGGUGGGGGGGUCUCUGCCAUACCGUCGGCCCGCGUCAUUGACGGGCCAGCCCAACUCCAACGUGGCCCUGAACCAGCCCCAGCCCAACGGAGGACCCCACUUCAACCAGGCCCCAACAGGUCCUCUUGUUGCCCCCCCUCCCCCCUCCAUGCAGAUCACUCCUCAGCUCCCUCUGAUGGGCUUUGUGGCUCGGGUACAGGAGACCAUCUCAGAUGUGCCCCCACCCCCGCCCCCUGUAGAAGAAGCUGUGUUUGAGGAACCCACACCGCCCCCUCCAGAGGACUAUGAGGAUGAUGAUGAGGAGGAAGAAGAGUCGGCCGUGGUGGAGUACAGUGAUCCCUAUGCAGAGGAGGACCCCCCGUGGGCCCCACGCACCUACAUGGAGAAAGUGGUGGCGAUCUACGACUACGCGGCGGACAAGGAGGACGAGCUGUCCUUCAACGAGGGCGCUAUCAUCUACGUCAUCAAGAAGAACGACGACGGCUGGUACGAAGGAACGAUGAGUGGCACCACCGGCCUCUUCCCCGGGAACUACGUCGAGUCCAUCAUGCACUAUGUCGACUGAGGAAGAGGAGAGGUUAUAGGAAGGUCAAAGACUUUGUUAGGCAGAGCAUGAUCACAUUGAGGAAGUUAACGAGGAAGAGACGAGCGUUCAUGAAGAGUAUACAACUAUCCUCAACCGGUCUACCAGAUGAAGUACAUUGUACAACGGCCACUUGUAGAUAUUUCCUGUGUUUUUGAAUGAUAUGAGACUUUAUGGUGGGGGGUUUUUGUAUGUACUAUUAGGGCUUCAUUUUGUCUUUACUAUUAUUACAAGGAAGGCUACAAGGAUCUCUAAAAAAAAAAAAAAAUCUCAUUUCCUUUUGCCCUUAUUUUAAAGUUUUAUUUAUGUGGACCAUGUAUUAUACAGGGAGGGAUGGUACUGUGGCCAGGGCUGCUGAUUUAAGGAUAGAAAUAGAUGUCAGAUAAUCCUGAUGACGUUCUCUACUCUCAGCCCAAGAGAAGACGCAAGAUGAGAAUGCUUCUUUUUCUGACACUCCCCGAGCCUUUCUAGACUCAUUUAUUUAAAACCAGGAGCAGCUCCUAUUGGUUAGUGGGAUUAGGAGAUGGAUUGUUGCGCUUGAACUUUAUACAAUGUCACGUUAGGUGAGAAGACAAGCACAUACUGUAUGUCUACAUUUGACUAUAACAGCUAGAUAUUAGUGGUGGGUAAGACUGGGGGGAAAAAAGACUGAAACUGAUUUGUUUUCAGCUCACCUGAACACCCAUUUUGAAACUCUUCAGUUUGGAUUCAGUAGUUAAUGAAUUGGUUCUGGCCCAAGGCUAGCUAGGGCAGCUUAGAACACUAGGGCUUGGAGCAUGCUCAGUCACUACUUCACUUGCCUCACUUCACAGGCCAGAUGGGUAGAGCAGUGUUUCUCAACCUUGUGGUCAGUUCUAGUUUUAAUUGAAGACGUUGGCUUCCAUGGCGCAAAAUUGAGUCUUAAGUCUCUUCCUUACCUUGUAAUCAAGACAGAAUAGAUUGACUUUGACUGUCUGGGAGUCCCUUUUUGGAAGAUAAAUACUCUGGCCACUCAUUUGCAUCAACGAUUUCAAUAUUUGAUGCUUAUUCGUUCUUAUCGUAGUGGGUCUUCACCAAAGCGUGGCGGACGGCAUGCUUUUGAAAAAAAAUAUUUCAAUAGUCUCCUUUUCUGCUAUAUUAUUUCCGUCUCAAUAUGUUAGAUAUGGUGUGGUUAUUGGUUUGUUUUUAAAUAUUCACCCAUAUUACCAUUGACAGGUGGGGUUUCAUGAUGCAUUUAUAGGUGAUAAAGGAAGCUUGUGCCAUAUUGAAGUGUGCGUGUGUAGGUGUCACUUCCAUUUGCAAUAAAAUAAAAGACAAGUGGGAUGGGUUUGAAAAUGUAGAUCUAAGUUAUUUGGGAUUGAAAGCACAUUUGUGGUAAGAGUGAAUUGUUACUGAAAUAAUUUAAAAUAAGCUGUAUUACUGCCUCAGAUGAGGACUAAUAUUAAAGUGAGCCGCUGUAGAAAUUAUCCAACAAACCGGCACCAAAACCUUUCAAUGACUCCGUCAUGCUGAAACUGAUGCAUUGAGUGUGUUUAUAGUCUCUAGAGGUACAAGUAUUAUUGCCAAUGUGCUGGGCUCUGUGCUUGUCUGUCAGUCAAAUCCUUUAUUUUUUAUUAAAAGUGGGUCUGUUGAGUCUU